AAUAAGAUAAAGCUGCUCUCCAGUAGUCAGUUCAUUCAUCGUGCACAGUGAAUUGGAACCUCUAUUUUCUAUCAUACCAUGUCAGGGGUAAAGGGAAAAUUCUUACCUUUCCUGCAGGUUCUGCUACUUGCAUUUUCAUCUGCUAAAGCUUUUACUUCAGAUGCACCUUGCUGCAUCUUAGAUCCCAAUUUUGGAGAAUUCUGCCCCACAACAUGUGGAGUUGAUGAUUAUUUUCAAAAGUAUCAAACAAGGGUUGGUGACAGACUUUGGAAAAUUGAAAAGGAGUUGAAUGAAAUUCAACACAAAAGUACUCUGACAAAAAAUAAGAUGAAGACCAUUGAAGAGUUCAAUCAUGCCGUUUGGAUUAACUUUUCAGGUACAUUCAAUAAAACAUUUCAAAACAUAGAAGCAGCAAUUGCUGAGUUCGAACGUUUCAUGAACAACAGAAAUCUGGAACUAAAGAGAUUGGAAAAUAAUUUCAAAUUGAACAAUGAAAUGAUCACUGAUUUAAAGAGAAUUACCUCACAACUUCAGGAUAAGUGCACCAAGCCAUGUGUUGACACUGUUCAAAUAAAUGAAAACCCCACAGGGCAAGACUGUCAAGAUAUUGCUGAGAAAGGUGCUACAACAAGUGGCCUGUACUACAUCAAACCACUGAAAGCUCGGCAGCAGUUCCUAGUUUAUUGCGAGAUCGAUGAUAUGGGAAGAGGUUGGACAGUGUUCCAAAGGCGACUUGAUGGCAGUGUGAACUUUCACAGAAGGUGGAUUCCAUAUAGGGAGGGGUUUGGAUACUUGUCCCCUGGUGGGAACACAGAAUUCUGGAUUGGGAAUGAGAAAAUACAUUUAAUUACACAGAACUCUAAACAAUAUCUACUUCAAAUAGACCUGAUGGAUUGGGCAGGUCAACGGAGACAUGCUAAAUAUUCGGGUUUUCAAGUGGCAUCUGAGGAAGACAAAUAUCGACUGCGUUAUGGAAUGUUCUUGGAAGGAGAUGCUGGAGAUGCCUUUGCUGGUUAUGAUUUUGGAGACGAUGCCAGUGAUAAAAUGUAUACUGCACACAACUAUAUACAGUUUAGCACAGAAGACUUUGAUAAUGAUAAUUAUGCUGGAAACUGUGCUAAACAAGAUGAAGCUGGCUGGUGGAUGAACAGAUGUCAUGCAGGAAAUCUUAAUGGCAAAUAUCACAAAGGUGGCCGUUACACAGCAAAGGAGUUUGGUUUUGAUGAUGGCAUUAUCUGGGUAACAUGGCAUGAUCGCUGGUAUUCCCUGAAAGAGACCACAAUGAAAGUCAUGCCUUUGCAGAAGUAUGAACAAUUAAAACGGACAGGGCAGCAGGAGCAGUUUCACAUACAAAGAGGCGAUUCUUCAUCCAAAUAAAAUCAUCACCAAAGCAUUCAUAUAAUUUGACUUCCAGUUCAUUAUGUUGUGAAAGCUUUAAGCUGUAAAUGUUCAAAGCAAAAGUAAACUUGCCAUAUGCUAACCCCAAACUGACUGAUACCACAGUAAAGAACCCAUUCCAAUGUAAAACCCUAUCUUUGCUCUUUUGAUUACCAAAAAUCUGUUGUCUAGUGUGAAUGAAGGCAUGUGUUACUUUUAAUUGAGAUUCCCUGAAUUGAUAAUUCUGUUUCCAGAGAGGAGAUCCCACACAUGAGAAGGACCAAAUUCUGUAAUCAUUUUGAUUUAUCUUUAUUAUCUGAUUCACCUACACUUCUCCCAUGUCUGGCAACUUUGUACUUUCUUUGAAUGCCUUUAUCAAUAAAGUUAAUUUUUUUCUCAA